AUGGAAGAGCACAGGACACACACCGGGCCAGCUUCCCGUCACGGAGAUGAUCGAGCCUACCAAGAAGCCGAGUGCGCAAUCUGCGUGGCAGUAUGGCCGGUGGGCGAUACCAUCACCACUUCCACCUGCGGGCACACUAUCUGUCACCCUUGCAUCAAACACAUGUUUGACCUGUCCCUGAAGGACACGGCGGCGUACAUGCCACCGCGGUGCUGCGGCAGGGAAGGCAUCCUUGCCAGCGACGUUGGGAAGGUACUGUCGCCGACGUAUAUGACAAACUGGAGCAUCCGGUACGAGGAGGUAACGGCCGUGAAGCCCCUCUACUGCCCAAACAAGGAGUGCCUCAGAUUCAUAAGGCGCCGCGAGUACGUCACGUCCACGGACGGGACGGGUCACGACCACGCCUUGUGCGCCGGGUGUCAGGAAAAGGUGUGCGUCGACUGCUCGGACAGCUGGCACGGAAAGGACAAGUGCUGCUACGACGAGGACACCAAGGAAUUCAUGCGCAUCGCGAGAAGGAAGGGCUGGAAGGCCUGUCCCAGGUGUCUCAUCACAUCACCAGCACUUGGCGCCAUCGAACUCUUCAACCUCUCGGCCAUCUCAGAGGAGCUCAUGCUCAGGAUCCUACCGGACGAGAAGGGUCCUACGGCAACCCCUCACAUGGCCAUGACGAUGACUACUGCGACGGCGGUGAACAUGAGCCUCGGCCCUCAGGGUGGAUUUCCGUGA